AGCUUAUACAUUUUACAGACACAGUACAUUUUACAUUCGUUAACUAGCCACUCAUCCUUUCUGCCUCCUUCCACUUUUUGGUCUCUGAGAGGGAAGCUAUUGUGUUAGUGCUCACUGCUCAGACAAGUGAAAGCUAUGUAUCUGCCCGGCCCCUCCUUUUCUCCCUCCUCUCUCCCCAGUUGCCUAGCAGCGAUGGGAGAGUUUGACAGUGUUGACAUUUCCUGCACUGGGGCAGUUCCUGUAAACACUCAGAGACAUUAAGUGACUGCUGUCUCUUCCUCUCCGGUCUCAGCCAGGGUGGAUGAAAGGCAGUCAGAAUCAGAGUUGAGAAGGCCCAAAAUAAACCAUUUUCUCAGAAAUUGAAGAGAGGAGAUGACGGCGAAGGGAAAGUGUUCUUUUAAUACGACUGCUUUUAUCUCGGGGCAAAAAGCAACAAGACGCUCGCUGCAGGAUUAGAGAUGUAUUUAUUCUGUCUGAGAGCAUCCAGAAGGGAAGUGAUUGUUACUGACAAGCUCUGUGCCAGGCAAGAUGACCACAGCCAGGUAUCGGCCCACCUGGGACCUGGCACUGGACCCGCUGGUCUCCUGCAAACUGUGCCUUGGAGAGUUUCCCCUGGAGCAGAUGACCACUAUCACUCAGUGUCAAUGUGUCUUCUGUACACUGUGCCUGAAGCAGUAUGUGGAACUCCUUAUCAAAGAGGGGCUCGAAACUGCUAUUAGCUGUCCAGACUCUGCCUGUCCAGAAAGAGGACACUUACUGGAAAAUGAGAUCGAGUGCAUGGUGGCUUCAGAGGUUAUGCAGAGACACAAGAAGCUACAGUUUGAAAGGGAGGUGCUUCUGGACCCGUGUCUGAUGUGGUGCCCGUCGUCGUCGUGCCAGGCAGUGUGCCAGCUGAAGGAGACUGAGGUGGCACUGCCCCAGCUGGUGCAGUGUGCUGUGUGCACCCUGGAGUUCUGCUCUGCCUGCAAGGCUAACUGGCACCCCGGGCAGGCCUGCCCACCGCCGGAGGACAACCUGCCCAUCACCGCCUUCCUACCUGGAGAGACCAGCUCCUUUUACAAGAGUGACGACGAUGACGGUCCCAUCAAGCGCUGUCCCAAGUGUAAGGUGUACAUCGAGAGAGACGAGGGCUGUGCCCAGAUGAUGUGCAAGAACUGCAAACAUGCCUUCUGCUGGUACUGCCUGGAGUCACUGGACGAUGACUUCCUCCUGAUCCACUUUGACAAAGGACCCUGUCGAAACAAACUAGGCCACUCCAGGUCGUCUGUCAUCUGGCACAGAACACAGGUGGUGGGGAUCUUCGCUGGCUUUGGCCUGCUCCUGCUGGUGGCCUCUCCCUUCCUCCUCCUGGCCACACCAUUCAUCCUCUGCUGCAAGUGCAAGUGCAGCAAAGGAGAUGAUGACCCCUUUCCCACCUAAACCCCACCCCACCAACACAGGCGGGUGAAGAGUCCGCCCCCCCCUCCACCGCCACUGACCAUUUUUUCCCCUUUUUUUCCUCUAUUGCCUCCUUCCAACCUUGGAGUGCUGCUUUAUUUAAUGGGACUUGGGCCUAGCCACUUCCCAAUCCAUCACUCCACAGUGUCAUGGUGGGAGUGGAGAAGGAGGAGUUGACCCCAUGCCCACUGGCCUGGUAGACGAGGUCAAAGGUCACAGGUCAGACUUUGAGGAGGACAAUGAUGCCCCUCUGUGUGGAUUUGGGGGCUUGUGAAAGUAUACUGUAGCAGGGCCACUCUGAGGCCUCGGCUGUGCUUCAGGCAGUACAAGACAGAGGAGGGUGUUUUAUCAAGAUGAAGGAUAAACACAUUAGGAUGUCAGGGUUGGGCUCAAUUCUAAUUGAAGGCAGUCCAUUUAGGAAUUAAACAAAAAAUAAAUAAUUGAUCAAAUUGCAUUUAUUUAAAAUUACUUCUCAGUAAACUUAACUGUAAAUGUUUUAUUUCAGAAUUCAAAAUUUCAAAUCACUUCCAUGAAUUGACUGCCUUCAAUUUGAGUUGAGCCUCCCUGUUCUAGAUCCUCUCCUUGGGACAUUUUCAUGCAGGAACAGCUUGAAUCGGAGGACCUUUCACUUGAACUCACUUUAGUCAAGUUUUGUUCAUUUGUCAAACACAAAGCUCCCUCCCCCCACUGUCUGUGUAGCUGUCAACAUACAGGAAGUAGCACUGGAGUUACGUGAUGACCCGUUUGUCACUUUAAGGACCGGGGCGGGAGUUGGGACGUUUUCUCUCUCUCUCCCCUGUACAGCACGUUCUCUUGUUGAUGUCAGUGUUUUUGUAAUCUUUCGCUCUGUUCCAACUAUCAGCAAGAAAGUAUUAAUUUUACAAACUGGAUUUGAACUCUUGUGUCUACAGGUAUUUGUGACGGUGUCCCAAACUCACUCUCACGUCCCAAUAAGAUAAUCAUGGGCCUGUAUUCACACAGUCUCAGAGUAGGACUGCUGAUCUAGGAAAGACCAAACGAAUCCUAGGUUAGCAUUCUUACUCUGAAACACUUUGUGAAUACAGGCCCUGAACCUUAGUGUCGUCAUCCACACAGACGGAAACAAACCAUUUGGAAUCAACAGAAGCGACUUCUGUUGUCAAAUGGAAUACCUGAAUAUAGAUGUCCUGCCGUUUUCAUUCCGAGUUCCUCUGAACCCAGAUAAUCAUAUUGCUUAGCCAAAUAGAACAAAUGGUUUGAAAUCAAUUAGAAAAGUAGCCAAAAAGCCACCUUUAGUUUCCUGAAGAAAAGAAAACAUGGCUUUUGUCCAGUUCCGUCCUUGUGAAAGCACACUUAAAUAAUGCAUUUGUUUAAUGCAUCACAAUCAGUCAUUAAAACCUGUUUAUUGUCAGGUAGAACAUAAGAGAUGAAUUCAUGUCUCUCUGAUACAAAGAUGUCUCUUCAUAUCCAUAUCACAUUGAUGUUGGUCAUAUAUAUCCAACUACUGUAAUGAACAAUAAUCCUAUACAAAUGUUUUUUGUUGUGUGAACUAGUGGAAAACUUGCAUAUGUUAGUGGUAUGGUUGUCAAUGUUUUCAUUGGGAGAAAGUCGAGAGCUCACUCUCUCUACAUGCAGCUAACCUUUGCAGGGCUAUCAAAAUGUCAAGAACUUCACUAGACUGUUUUGGACACCCGAAAGCUGCUCUACACAUCACUGUAUCUAUGCAAGUUCGUGCGUUUCCAAUCUUACUAGGUCUUGCUAAUAGUGUGGUCAUAUCAAGUGGUCCAGUAUGUUAUACCAGAUUCCCUGUGUCAUCUCUUCAUACGGUAGUGUUUUACAACAAGGGGGUUGACUUGCACCAGAUGUAACAUGGGUUUGAUUUGACCUAUCUGGGAAGCCAUAUAUUAGUUAAUCAGUGUCAUUUGUCCUCAUGUUGUUCCAUUAGACUGUGUGGUGAGGAUGCAUGUAGCUACACCGUUUCUCACUCAAACACAUUUAAAAGGGCAAUCUGCUGCAUCCAUUUUUUGACAUUUAAAUUCAUAAUAUAUAGCCAUUGAUUCAUGAAGAAUAUAACGGUCUCAUGAGCUUAGUUCAACUGUAUAAACCCAUUAGAAACUAAACUAUAAGCUUGUUUUACUCAUUUGUAAACACUAAUAAUUCUAUAGCCUCAAAAUGGUUAACUAUAGUUUUGAUAUUUAAUGGAUGGUCAGUCCUUGCAUCCAUAGCUGUUUUAUGAAUUUCUACAUCUACUGUUUACCAAAACAUUGGCAGGGUGCCCACUCUUUUUAUUGCUUGAACUGAAGAUUGACCCUAAACUCAAGAGAUGAGUCAAUAUUAUUCCGUCCGUCACUUAGCUACUUUGGAACACAUACAGAAUACUGAGAAACUCUUCAGAAGUCCCUGAUUUUUAAUGUUGCUCUCCUCGUAGCAUUCAAAUAGGGGCUAUGGCAGUUAAUGGAACUAUCAUCAGCAAUCACCUUACCUCAUGGUAGCCAUUCCUUUAAAAACAAAGAUAACGUUAGCCUAAAUGUUUGAAUACCUCGCCUGUAGCCUCAUUUUCUUCUAACCCUUAAUGCAUCAAAGCCUGUUUCAACUGAACAUGUGGAUCACUGAGCUGACCAUGUCUUUGUAUGACAAUCGUGCCAAGAAGGUCUCGUGUGUGGCAAUAGUGAAAUUGAAUGGUGUAGAGUGAAUAGUUUGAAGCGUCUAAGAAUUUUUCAAAUAAAAUCUGCGAUCUUGUUUCCGUAUGGUGUGGGUGUUAUGUUGGAGGUUGAGCCUUAGAAUACUCUAUGGUGUGACGUGUACUAUUGUUUUGGUUUUCAAGAUGUAGUAUGUUCAUUAAAUACUGUAGUCUUUCUGGAAUUGAUGAGUUUUUUGAAUGGGUUUGGAGAUCAGAAGAAAUGUAGACGCUAUUUCCAGAUUUCCUCAACUCGGAGACUUGGAAGGAUGGCAUUGCAGGACUAUAGGAAAUGUAACACUCAACUUGUUUCCACUUCUCUUAUCAUCCAUUUGGUAUAGUUGGGAUGUUGAGCUGAGAAGAAAUAUUGAAUAUUUGUCCUCUGACUCAACUGAUUUUAGGUUGCUGGCUUUUCAUAUGGUUUCACAGUAUCUACCAAUCAAACUCCAAGGACUCAUUCAGUUAUUGGUGUCAUCUGGUAUCAUUCAGCAGUAAAGGGCCAAAAACGGUACAUUUAAACACCGUUCACCUUGAGGUGAUGCCAUGCAUGUUGCACAAUUAUUUUCUAAGAUUUGAUACUUCUAUUGCUUUGUCCACAUUUCUACUGAGAUGUAUGUAGGUUGUCCAAAAAAUUCCAUUGCUCUUGUUUUUAAAAUGCAUGUUGUACUCUACCACUACUAUGCGUUUUAAGAACCCAUACUAUGCCUCAUUUUAGGGACUGAAACAAGUCCUUCCAUUUCUGUCAUGACAUACUCUAUCCUGGCUUUUGAAGUUUGCCUUUUACACUUAAGACACUGUACGUAGGUUGCCUUUGUGUUAUACUUGUUCUGUUGGCUUUGAUGCAGUUCAUCUUACUUUCAACUAUUUUCAACUUUUCAAAAGAUGGAACCUUUUUAAAUUGGCAUGUGUGGAUGUCCUUCGAUAAACCAACAUUGUACUUCUCCCAUGUAUCUACAGUUUCACGAACACUGUGACAUGGAAUAAAUGUGGUUGUUUUUUGUGA